AUUAUCAGUUGAUUUUAAUUUAAGAAUGAAAAUGAAUUAUAUAAUUGUUGAAUGAUACUACAAAGAGAUGAUGAUUCUGCUAACAGGUACUAUUAGCGUUCUUGUGUGUAAAAAUAAGUCUGACAAAUGUUCACUCGCUGAAACGCGAUGACUUGAAGAGAUUAUAAUGAAAAUGAAAGUUUGUUUUUUAAGAAAUUAAGUUUGCCUGUUUUUAAAAAAAGAGCUAGCAGAUAUUACAAUAUUAAAUAAUUUACAAAUUUAACUUGAUUUGUUAGUUAACGGAAUAAAAAAUCAUAUCAGUUUAUUGGCAUUUUAAAAUACUUUUUUAUUAAACAAAAAUCUUCUCAAACUUUUUUAUCAGCACUAGUAUGCUAAUUGUUAAUAAAAAAAUUAAUUGUCGAUCAAAAAGAGCUGUAAAGUUAGACUGUAAAGUGAAUAAGGAAGUAAGUCGUGUUAUUGCGCGAAAAAGAUGCAUACAUAACUGUAGUUUGACUUAGCACCGGCUGGCAACCAAUGGUAUAAAAGGGAACGCAGGUUGAUACUUGAAACAGUAGAUCGUCGACCUUCGGUAGAUCAUCUUGCAUAUAUACUUCAUUUAAUAGCUGUGUAUAUGAUCGGCACGGACUCUCAAGAACGAAACGUCAUCAAAAUGUUAUUUCACUUGUUGCUCGUUGUUACAUCACCUUUUCUCAUCGCUGCGUUCCCACAAGAUGAUUUCGUCUUUGAUGGACCUGUCGCUACCAUAUCACCUAAUAGUCAACAAAGGACAACAUCCACAACGACUGUGAGAUCUAGAAAUGAGAAUGAUGCGACUACUCAAUCUGUGAAUCAGUACAAUGCGUGCGUUAAUUCAUGCCCGGUGACAAAUGAAUACAAUCCUGUUUGCGGUACGGACAAUGUUGAUUAUACUAAUCCAGGAGGCCUUGGUUGUGCGCAAAGAUGUGGAAAAGAAGUGACAUUAGGAUAUUAUGGACGCUGUUCAACGAACACACGUGGAUGAUUUACAAAUUAUCAUUAAACGAUACAAUAAUAUCAUUAGAUAGAUACAAUAAUAUGAUUAUAAGAAUAAAAAAAUUAUCUAGAAAA